AUGGAUUCUAAUUGUGAAAAUAACAAAAUAAAAAGUACUAUUACUGCAAUAAAAGAUGAAGGGAUUAUAGAUGCGAUGCCUAUUUGCCAUCAUAUUUUUAUACCUAAAAUACAAAGUCAACGUAGAACAAAAUUAACAACUAAAGCAUUAGAAAAUAUCUCCAAACUUCAUAUGUAUUAUUUUUCAAACAUAAAGAGAGUUAAUUAUGGUCAAAAUCUUUCAGUAGAUGAAGUGAAUUCUGGUUGUCUUACAACUACUACAGAUAUGCUUGAAAGUGAUACAGAUUGUUUGUAG